AUGCGCUUAUUUUUCUGCACGAUCCUCUACCUCACUCGAGUGAUCCGGGCCUCCCAGACUACCAAUACUAGCGACGGUUCUGAAGUUCCGUCGUUAUCAUUCACGAAUAGAACUUUGUGGAAUAUUGCCUCCAGUUGUCUUCUCACUCUUUUUGCGUGCAUAUACAGCACCGUUCACCCCAAUAUUCCGAGUCCUGAGGACAGCACCAUUCGUAUCCUACGGCGGCGACUUGGCAUGAUGAUAAUGGUGCUAUUCUAUCCUGAACUCAUCAUCGCAUGGGCCAUGGGCCAUUUUUUAUAUCUCGCUCACUUCCUUCUCGGACCGCAUGCUGAAGUUGUUGCUUUAGCAGUUCAAGGAUAUGGGUUAACUCGUGCUCUCGCGAAACCAUUCAAAAGGCUAUUGAAGGAUUAUGUUUCAAAACAGUCUGAAGAUUAUAAGUGGACUCAGACGCACAGCUUCUUUGCGCUGAUGGACGGUUUCAUGCUUUAUGAUAUCCCCGACAAGAGCAAAGGCAACGUGAUAUCAAAAGGAACGAGCAUGCUUCAGGUGGGGUGGUUCGUUCUGCAGCUCAUCACCCGCGCUGUCUAUCACCUCGACACCACCGAGCUUGAAAUAGCGACACUCGCUUUUGCGGUUCUCAAUUUCCUCACGUAUCCUAUGUGGUGGAAUAAGCCCUUCGAUGUACAAUGUCCUCAUCCAGUGUACUGGAGGUCAACUACGUCAAUACCAAGCGACCACUUUGAUCAGCAUGAAGAUUUUCGAGAGUCCCUCCCUGUGCUUUUGCAAAUCUGUACUACACCUUUGCUGUCACCUGUGGGAAUGCUGGGUGCCUCCGACCCUGACGGCUCCACAUCAUCCUGA